UUAGGGCAAUACCUAACCUGAGAGGUGUCGCAGACAGAGGGAUGACUAACAAGAGACACCUCAGAGAUCAUGCAUGGCGGAGGAGAACAAGAGAAUGAUGAAGAGAUGAGAACGUGGUAGAGAUGACCGAAAUUUGCUGAUGUGUCACACUAACAAACGAAGAGAACAUAUUCUGGAUAAAUCAAGGACGAGACUUAUUUGAGACCUCACUGAAACUUGGCAAAUCUGAGCACAGUUUGAGACAUUGAGAUCUGCUUUAGAAAAGACAUGAAUGAUUAUUACGGUCUAUCUGUAUGAUGAUAUGAAUCUUUUGGCCGUUCAAAGAAACGAUCAUGUAUAUUUGUUUGUGUGCAUGUACUGGUAUCUAUUUCUGUUUCUAUCUCUCCGUCAAGCUAUCCUUUAUCUAUCUCGCCUGGUCCACCUUAAGUGCAGCUUGAGCAGGCUGUCGUGUUUGUGUUGAAGCCAACAGGCACAAUAUAUUACAGUCUAGGGCUCGCUGCUGAAAAGCCUGCUGGAUCUUCCAGUGACCUGCUGUUCUUUCCUGCUUUCCUGUGUGUUGUUUUUUCUUCCUCUCUAGAUUUAGAUUAAAAACAAAGCCCGUUCCUCUUUCUCCUUUGCCUUUUUAGACCUCAGCAAAGAAGCCCCUGUAGUUUAGAGAUACUGUUACAAGGUUGGAACACUCGAAUGGAGAUACGUGUUUGUUUUUGUUGCUUAUUGGGGACAUUUGCAGAAGGACAAGACAGCUGGACUUGAUUCUUCUGAAUUCCCUGCUUCUCCCUGUCUGUGGGGACUGAGAGCCGGACAGUAACGGAGUGGGACGUCAGGGAAUUCUGGGGGGGGGGAAAUCCAGUCUAAGUGUGAGUAAGGGGAUCUGUUUUAGGAGGACCCUUCGUCAGAUGUGCUGACAGCCUUCAGCGGCUCAGAAAGGACCGAGCCGGGUUCCCAAGCUCGAUCCGGGGAUCUUUCCCCUGGUGGAGUGGGAACACAGGAGUUCGGAGGGUCAGCGCGUUGGCCGUCAAACCGGCAUCCCUCCGGUGACCAUGUACCCGCAGGGCAGACACCCGGUUCCUCUGCAGCCUGGACAGUCAUUUAAGUUCACUGUGCUGGAGACUCUGGACCGCAUUAGAGAGUUCCAGUUCCUUCAGGCUCAGUAUCACAGUCUCAAGCUGGAGUGUGAGAAGUUGGCCAGCGAGAAGACAGAGAUGCAGCGACACUAUAUCAUGUACUACGAGAUGUCCUACGGGCUCAACAUUGAGAUGCACAAACAGGCGGAGAUCGUGAAGCGACUCAGUGCUAUCUGUGCUCAAAUCAUCCCUUUCCUCUCUCAGGAGCAUCAACAGCAAGUCGUUCAGGCGGUGGAACGUGCCAAACAGGUCACCAUGGCAGAACUCAACGCCAUCAUAGGGCAGCAGCAGCUCCAGCACCUGUCUCACCACACUCCAGGUAUCCCUCUCACUCCUCACCCUUCAGGUCUGUCUCUGAGCGGCACGUCCGGGCUGCUGGCCCUCACCGGGGCCCUGGGAGUCUCCGCUCACCUGGCCAACAAGGACGACCGCAACCACCUGGACCCCGAGCACCUGCGAGAGGGUGCGCCCAGCAGGAGUAAAUCAGUGUCGUCGACUGACAGUCAGGCAGCAGAGGAUCGGCAGGGUCCGUCAGGGGUGUAUCCCUCACAGGCCAGCAGCGAUGCCAAACGCAGACGGUGUGAUGACAAAGAUGUCCUCCCGUCUCACUACGACAGUGAUGGUGACAAGAGCGAGGACAAUCUUGUGGUAGAUGUCUCAAAUGAGGAGGCGUCAUCUCCCAUAGGCAGUGGCCCUCUGUCUCCUCAUGGGAAUGGAUUGGACCGUGCCCCAAACCUGAGGAAAGAGCUCCCAGGAUCCCCAAGUCCCCCACCGGCCUCCCCACCACACAGCCCACCCCCUGGCAAAAACAAGGACACCUCACAAACAGAAAAAUCUCAGUCGCCGUCCUCUAAAUCAGGCAAUUCCUCUCCCUCUCACCAUGACCCUCUCACCCCGGGUCCGCCCGGGCCCAGCACUUCCUGUUUACGCCUGGUCAACAAAGCUGCGUCCUCGGCAGACCCUCUGGCUCUACGGAGUCCCUUGACUAUGACGCCUGGUUCUUACCCGGCUCACUUCGGGGUGGUGUCCCAUGCCGGGCUUAACGGAGAGCUGGCCAGCCCAGGGGGGUUCGGAGGCUCACUCACCCUCUCGCCCCAAAUCAGUGCCGCUGCCAGUGCCUACACACGCAGCCCUAUGGUAGCGUAUGAAUCACGCUCGCAUCUUAGGCCCUCAGGGCUGUCCUCCUCGCUGCCUGGCUCCACCGGUGGCAAGCCUGCUUACUCGUUCCACGUGAGCGCAGAUGGUCAAAUGCAGCCGGUACCCUUCCCUCCUGACGCCCUCCUCGGCCCUGGCAUCCCGCGGCACGCCCGUCAGAUCCACACCCUGAGUCAUGGAGAGGUUGUGUGCGCGGUCACCAUCAGCACCUCCACGCGUCACGUCUACACCGGCGGGAAAGGCUGCGUCAAAGUCUGGGACAUCAGCCAACCGGGCAGCAAGAGCCCAAUGGCCCAACUGGACUGUUUGAAUCGAGACAACUACAUCCGCUCAUGCAAGCUCCUCCCAGAUGGGCGGACCUUGAUAGUUGGAGGUGAAGCCAGCACACUGUCCAUCUGGGACUUGGCCACGCCGACUCCACGCAUCAAGGCCGAAUUGACGUCCUCGGCUCCGGCCUGCUACGCUCUGGCCAUCAGUCCUGACAACAAGGUCUGCUUCUCCUGCUGCAGUGAUGGAAACAUCGUGGUCUGGGACCUGCACAACCAGACGCUCGUCAGGCAGUUCCAAGGCCACACAGACGGAGCCAGCUGUAUAGAUAUUUCCAACGACGGGACCAAACUGUGGACGGGGGGUCUGGACAACACGGUGCGCUGCUGGGACCUGAGAGAGGGCCGACAGCUGCAGCAGCAUGACUUCACCUCACAGAUCUUUUCUCUGGGCUACUGUCCUACGGGCGAGUGGCUUGCAGUAGGGAUGGAGAGCAGUAAUGUGGAAGUGCUGCACGUCUCCAAACCAGACAAAUACCAGCUGCACCUUCACGAAAGCUGCGUUCUCUCACUCAAGUUCGCCUACUGCGGGAAGUGGUUUGUAAGCACUGGAAAGGACAAUCUGCUCAAUGCAUGGAGGACGCCAUAUGGAGCCAGUAUUUUCCAGUCAAAGGAGUCCUCAUCUGUCCUGAGCUGUGACGUGUCCCCAGACGACAAGUAUAUUGUCACUGGUUCUGGGGAUAAGAAAGCCACGGUGUAUGAGGUGGUGUACUGAACGCAGACAAAGACUGACACAAUCAUGGCCGCGUGGGAGGCAACCAUGGCUCUUCUAUACGCGGCCCUUUCACUCCAUAACUUAAGAGAUAGAGAAAGGCUUUGCUUGCAAUGGCAUACUAACAUACUUCGCAUACUGUGCACACUACUUUGUGCGAUUUCCUUCGUUCAAAAUUUCCUGUCAAAACACUAUGGAGAUACUGUAUUCCAUGGCGAUGUGCUCAACUUGACCUUCCAGUUUAAAGUCGGCAUGAAAUGGAAAUUCACCCUAUUUUCUAACUAAUCUUUUUGUGAACGAUUCAUCCAUGCACGUUUUAUAUUUUUUGACCUUGUAUUUUUGUUUUAAAUGCAACAAUGUAGCAUACUACAAAUAUCUUACCAAUUUUCUGUUCUCAUUGCAAUAAACAGUAUAUACUGAGAAGUAUGUAGUAUGCUAGUAUUCCAGUUCGAACGUAGCAUGUGAGAGCGGAGCCGUUAAUUAGAACAGUCUCCAAGCUAAAAGAGGAAGCCCUACAGACAGCUGGUACUUAGGGAGCAGCUUCUUACAGCAACACCAAAAGCAGACAAUCAUUUCAUUAGUUGCAAACUCCCUCCAUAAGAGAGUACAACAGCCCCCCCCCCAACGAGAAAACGCUCACGUUGGAGCAUUUCUGGAUGAACACGAAAUGGGCGUACAAACAAUUCUCCACUCGCCUAUCCAACCCAAUUACACAUUCAUGUGGCAAAUCCCAGUCGAAUUCUCCAACCUGCAUUUAAUUUCCAUCUUCCACAAGUCAGUGUCUAAUGAGGAGCAAGAAUGGUAAAUACUCACAACCACGACCGUUAUUUGUUUUAAUUCCUGCGGAUUAUCAUACAGAUGUUGCGCUCAUUUGUGGUUUAAUGCUUAUUUUCAUGUCAUUAAUUAUCUUUUAGGAAACCUUUUCAUGAUUGCUCUUCUUUAGUGAGAUGAAGCAAUAAGUCAGGACCUAUAAUGCAAAUACCGAAAAUUUGAAACUAGUAUAUGAUAUGUAUACCAUUAAAGAUAAAUCAAUAAAUUAUAAAAAUGUGACAGAAAUAUAUAAUUAAUCAAUAGCAUGGAAGAGAAUGCAAUAGUAUCUUUAUGAAGAUUCAAUUAUUUAAAUUUGGGGGUUGCAAAUAUUGAUAUAGCAAUCAAUAAAUAGGGAUAUCAAAUGACAUCCCUAAAUGUAACCUCUUCUCAAGUUAGAGAGAAAUAUUUGAAAAUCUGAGCGGUCCUAAAACAGAGCCGUGAUGCACACUAUUAAUAAGAAGAGCUGUGGUUGCCAACCUGACCAGGAAUGUUGAAGAAGAAACUACAGAACUCAUCAACAACAUGCACAAACAUCCUGCUGGGAACAGAUUUUGUUUAAUUACACUUAUUUUGUUCAUUCUUCUUUUGAUCUACAAAGCUUUUCUCAGCGCUUAGAAAACGGUUGGAUGAGUCAAACUGUUUUUCUUGCGAACUGAAGGGAUUGUAUCAUUAAAUUCGUUCUCUUUUUUAUGGCAAUAGUAAGCAGUGAUACUUCAGUGUUUUGAUCAGUCUGUUUAUUAUCCAGAAAGUGCGAGUAGCUGAAAAUAUGGCUGCCUGCAAACAGUGGCAUUUGUCCGUUUCGAGGUAGACCGUCUCUACUGCACGAUCUGUCUUUGACAUAAUGCUAUAGAAAUAUCUGUAUCUAUCUACCCUUAUAUAAUGCAUUAUGUUUGUAUACUGAACAAUGUUCACCUUUAAGACUCUCUCGAAAGCCAAGGAACUUUUUUCGAAGGCGUUGCUGUGAUAUCCCUGUAGCACUUCCCAUGUGAUGUAAAAGACAUGUAUACAUUGACAAAUUAAACUUGUGGUCAUCUUUUCAA